AUGAGCGGUCGACGACGACCGGGUGGGGCGCGAAAGAUGAAGGCGUUCUCGCGGGUGGAAAACCUCACGAGCUCGAACGCGUUCGAUCGAGCGCUGCGACGACGGGAUCAGCUCGUGUUGGUGGAGUUCGUCUCUAAUUACUCCCCGAGCUCGAAAUCCAUGGCGCCGUACAUGCAAACGCUGAGUAAGACGGCGGAGUUCAAGCGGAUUCGAUUCUGUCGCGUGGAUAUCGAAGCCGUCCCGGCGGUCGCCGAGCGGUGCAACGUGAAAGCGCUGCCGACGUAUCAGUUGUAUAAGAACGGAGAAAAGUUGGAAGAGAUGUCUGGGGCGUUACCGUCGAAGUUGGUGACGAUGUUAAAGGAGCACAACGUGCGGGAUGAGCGUGGGGGGGUGCUGAAGCUCGUGGGCGUCGUCUUGGGCGUCGUCGGCGCCUUGACGGGCGUGCUCAUACUCAAGCAUCGAGUUGAGCAGCACGAGAUUCGAGAGGAGACGAGAAGGAAGAAUGAGGAGACGACAAGGUUGGCGAAGGAGCAGGCGGAGCGAGAAGAACGGCAGAGACGACGGGGUGGGAAGACAAUUACGGCGAUUGCGAAACAGGAGGAGGAGGAAGAGGAGGAUUUUGAAGAGUUUGUUUCGGACGACGUCGAGUGGGAAGACGACGAUGAAUAG